AUGGAUCUGAUUCCGCCGUCGUACGAGUCCGCCACGGACCGAGAUGCAUGGGCCAUCAUAGCCCACUACAUUCCCUCGAGUGAUCUUUGUGCAGCCUCACUAGUCUGUCAUCGAUGGCACGAUUUGUUUAUGCCCUUUUUGUGGGGAGACCCGGCAUCGCAUUUCGGCACGGAGAAUGAUGCGGUUUAUGUCGCUCUUACAAGGUUUCGCAGGACCCUCAAAUAUGCCAGGCGAGAGGUGCGGGCGAUGACCCACACACUUCAUCUUCCCCCUGCUCUCUCGGAGAUCUAUGGUGGCCCGCGGCCGGGCUGGCUGAGAGACAUCUUGGAGUAUUUGCCUUGUCUGCAGUCCCUGAUAGUCUCGAGACUACCAUUCUUCGACCACAAUGCGAUGUAUGCAUUGAAGAGCCAUCAGAGCUCGACGGUGUAUAACGUCCGUCUUCUGCUGGCGGAUCAUGAGCCGAACACGACCUCAGCAGGUCUGGCAGAGACACUGCUUCGCUUUCCUUUGUUGACCUAUUUGGAUCUUUCAUAUACGCCACCGGCACGAGAUCGAAGUGUUUUGUCUUCUAUAUCUCAGCUGGAAAACCUGCAAGUGUUGAAGCUGCGCGGUAUCGGGUUGAAGGAUGGUGACGCCGAGUUCCUGGCUAAUGCAAUCGGGAAACGCGUUCGCCUCUUGGACCUAAGCAAGAACAUGCUCACUGAUUUGGCGGUUCGUUCCCUGUUGCAAGCCUCGUUCAUGCCUCCGGACUCCCAGGUUCCACCGCACCUACAGCGUACGGGAUUAUCUACGGACCUCGUAUCUCAAACGACACCCCGGAGCCCCGCAACAGAUUUCAUGAGGUCUCCCGACCUCGAUGAUCAAUAUUUAAAGUUUCUGGCUCGGCCGAUAACGGACAAUCCUUGGAUCGAAUACUUACCGCGCACGGGAAUCACCCAUCUAUACAUCGCAAACAAUCAGAUCACUGUCGAGGGAGUAGCGAGUCUCUUGGCUUCGUCUCGUCUACAUGCUCUCGAUGUCGGAACGGUUCUUAGCGCAAAUAUGGUCUACAAAUCAUUAGCUUCAAAGUACGGGAAAUAUCCCGGCGCAGAGAAGCUGGUGCCUUUAUUGGGGACUGUUGCCGGCGACAAUUUGACUUACUUCCGUGCACAUCACGCAGUGCUCACAGCUGAGCCUCCAGCCAAAGAUGUGGCACCUAUUACUGGAUUCUUGCCGGAGCUUGCAGCUAGCGAGGCACCUCAUGAAUUUGAGCUGGAUACUUCGCGUGAGCUUUCUCGUGGAGCUGAGUUGAAUGCCUCGCAGGAAAUUCAUGAAUUACCAGGGGGAGUACCGCCGGUCUACGAACUUGCAGACUCGUCCAUCACAGAGUCAACAAGCACAAUAGCAGCUCCGACUCAAACUCGAAAAUUGGCAAAUUCUUACGAAGAUGAACCUCUCCCUUCAGUCAGGCGUGGAUCGGCUUUUGCGCCGGAGGUUAUCCAGACAAAUGCCGACGGAGACAUCAAUUCUGUGAUCUUCAGUCCAAGGAGGACGGGGACAUCGAAGUCAUUGCAAGCUUCAGAGGAUGGAAUUUUAUCGUCUGUCCCUGGGACUUCGGCUUGUCCUGACGCAAUGGAUCCCAACUCCCUCCAGUCAAUCGCCCAGUGCGGGUCUCCUGUCUCGACGGAUGACCCUCUAGCGAAAAAAAUACAGGAACUUCUGGCAAAGCGUCCUCGAAAUCAAUCUCUUCCUCUCCGGGGUGGCAAAGAAAGUCGUUUCCCCUAUCUUCAUCCUUCUCAUAUUCCUCAUUUAGAGACUCUUGUGUUGACGGAUGUCCCGUCACAUAUCCCACCAAACUCUUCGGUCCUCUACACCCUCACCCGAUUCAUCACGGCCUGUUCCAACGAAGCAUUACUUGCAACCCUCCAGGCCGGCUCCGAUUACUCCCUUCCUCCAGGACAAGCACGCAUGCAAGCCGAACAGCAACGUUCCCGUUCUCUCUUCGGUUUACGACGAAUAAUCCUUGAAAUUGUCCCUACUGGUGCCUCGUCUCGACUCACCACAUGGAAACCUGCUAGCGAGCACAACGGCGUGUCAUAUUCAAGCACCGGCGACCGCGAUUCAGAGAACCUAUGGGCCGCAGCUUCCAGUGACUUCAGCUUCUUCGGAGAGGAAGAAUGCGGCAUCAUGGAGAAUGAUCCUGGAAAAUACUUCCCCAUGGCCGCAUUCAACGAGAAAGUCUCACUCCUGCCCUCGGACGACGACUCAACACAUUCUGAGACGGAAUCCCCCCUGCACGGUCGCCAGCACUCACGAUCCAGUGUGAUGUCCGUUACAACUUCAAUGUCCAGCCCACCACGAGAAGCCGAUCAAAGCAAACAGCAAUUGCUUCAAGAUGUCGACGUGGUGACAGAACUGGCCGCCUUUCGUCGGACCAAGAAAGCCGAGUAUGAACAGGCAGUGAAGCGAGAAAGAGGGCGUCGUAGUACAAACGGAUCAGGGAUAUCGGGUUUCCACACGACACCUGGGCCGCAGAUCUCACUGGCACAUUUCGUGGAAGGUCAUUGGAAAGGAGAGGUCAAGAUCGUGCGGAAUCCUACUCCCAAGGUCCGCACCGGGAUGGUAGACAUGUAUGGAAACUACUUCGAGAAGGGGUAUCUAUACCCAUAG